AUGAUAUGCCUCUUUUACCCAUUGAACCGUAUCAUAGAUCUCUUCAUCCCGUCCUUUAUGGUGAUGAUAGGGAUCGUUUUCGGGGUCUACACCUUCCUGGAGGUUCUCGCCACCGAACGCAGACGUCGUCUAGCAUUUAAUUUCAAACACUGGCACGAUCAACAGUUCACGCGGCUGUGGAAAACGUUUGGGCCCUUAGGUUCCAAUGUUCUCAGGUCCACAAUAUCUCCUCUGGCCGCGGUUGCGAACGGCGUUGUUUUGGACAUCGGGCCCGGUGAUGGUCAGAAUCUGGCGCACUAUAAAAGCGAGAAUAUAAUGAAGUUGUAUCUUGUUGAGCCGUGCGUUGGAUUGUACAAGAGGCUACGGGAGAAUGUGAAGAAAGCCGGCCUCGAAGAUGUUACUACGAUAAUCGGUCAGUCACUACUUUAUUCAUUCUAUCCUUUCAAACUUCCUAAAUGCGACAUCCAGACUGUGGGGUUCAAAAUGACAAUGUUCUUUAUGACCAUGGCAUAA